UGUUUGUUUAUGUUCUGGUAACUUCGUUGACAGCCAACAUUCCGUCAGCGUUGUAUUUCGCUUAAAAUAAACCACAAAAUUAUAUUAUAAAUAAAGAAAAUUAGAGAUAAUUUUCAAUAAUUUUAAUUAAAAAAUCGCUAUUAAACAAAAUGAUGUACAGGUGAUAUUUGAAAUUUACCAACAAAUGGAAGCAUUUACCAGGACUCCAUUGUGAUGAAAAAUGUCUUGCUACGGAUCUGUGUAUAAUCGGACAAAACGAAAGUGUGAACAGUAUAUUGUGAUAUUCGAAUUUUAAAUUUUGCUAUUAGGAAAUUUAAACAAAAAUGGCGCAGACUCUUCGUAGAGCAGUAGAGGGCAGGUACCCCUCUUGCUAUUUACCCAAUCGAUUGAAAGAAAGGAAAGCCAAAGCUAAAGCUUUGAGAUUAGAGCAACGUAAACCAGACAAACCGGAAGAUUUUGUUUGCUAUUCAGACAGUGACAGUGAAGAGGAAACACCGACGCAACAACAUCAAAUUUUAUCAACGUCAUAUAAUUUUGUCGACUAUGUACGUUCAAGAGAAAUACUUGCUCCUGAGCCUCGAUCAGUCGACCCAUCGUAUGCAACCCGACACAUGCUCACACAUGAUAUGUUUCAUGAGACACCAGUCAACCUCGGUAACAUGAACAAGGUCUUCUGCUCACAAUGGCUAUCAGACAGACAAGUUGUAUUUGGCACCAAAUGUAACAAGUUAAUGGUGUAUGAUGUCCGCACUCGGUCCUUGGACGCCAUCCCCACACUGCGCCCGCGCGCCGCCUGGCCGCCGCCGGACCACCAGACCGGCAUACACGCGCUCCAGAUCAAUCCUUCCAGAACACUGCUAGCGACCGGUGCGAGGAAUUCUUGUGAAUUAGCCAUAUACAGCCUACCUACACUAGACCCGGUCUGCGUUGGAGAAGCUCAUAAAGAUUGGAUCCUGGACAUGUGCUGGUUGGACGACGAGUUCGUGGUGACGGGGUCGCGCGAUAAUAAGCUUGCACUGUGGCGCGCCCCGGCCGCCCCCCCGCCCCGCGCGCACCUGCACCACUACGUGCACCCCCACGCCGUGCGGGAGUGUCGGUCGGGUCUAAAAGUCCGAGCGCUGACGUUCAACGAGCGCUGGCGGGAGAUAGCGGCACUUACCCUCAACGGCUACAUACACGUGUUCAACGCGGAGACCUUCCGCCAGACGCUGUCCAGGAAGCUGCCCUCGUGCCAGGACUUGGUGUGUCUAGCCACCCAGCAAGAGAGCGGCAUGUACGCGAUCGGCUGCAAGUCGUACACGCUGCUGCUGGACUGCCGCACGCUGCAGUCCGUCAAGAAGGUCACCUCCCGGUACUCCGGCUGCGGGGUCCGCUCCGCCAGCUUCCGGGGGAACAUGCUCACCAUCGGGACCGGACUGGGUCUCCUGAUGUUCUACGACCUGCGCGCGGGUAAGUACCUGGAGAGCAGCAUCCACUCGUCCAAGACGGUGACGCUGAAGGCGUCCCGCGGCUACCUGUUCCCCGAGGAGGAGGCGGAGGGCGGCGUCAAGCACGUGCCCGCCAUCUACACGCACUGCUACGACUCCUCGGGCACCAGGGUGUUCACCGCGGGCGGGCCCCUACCGGCUCCCCUAGUCGGGAACUACGCAGCCAUAUGGCAGUAGCGAACCGAGCGAAGGCCUCAGAUUCACUUUACUUUACUUAUUCACUAGCGACCCGCCCUCGCUUCGCUUCGGAAACAUUAAAUUUUAUUAUUGAUAGCUGAGUCCCGCGAUGUUACCCGCGGUUAUUGUCGUACCGCGGGUGACGCCGCGGGCCGAAGGUAAUCUUAUAAAAAGUAAAAGCCUAGGCUACUCCUUAUAUUAUCAACUACCUAUCAGUGAAAGUCUCGUCAAAAUCGGUCCAGCCGUUCCAGAGAUUAGCGAGAACAAACAGACACAAAAAUUGUGAAAAAUGUUAUUUUGGUGUAUAUACCGUAUAUAUAUUCAUAUGCACGUAGUAAAAAACGGUUAUUUCAAUAUUACAAACAGACACUCCAAUUUAAUUUAUAUGUAUAGAUAAAGGCGUUUUUUUUAGUCUGUAAUUACUAGUAGUCGGAGUAUGUAGAUUGAUUUAAGGUCGUUGACAUUAAACGUAGAGGAUAAUAUGGAUAUGCCUUCAAAAUACCGAAACUUCAUAUUUAUUGUAAUAUUUGUUCCGGAAUUUUGAAAUUAACAUUAAUGUGUUUGAGGUGAAAGACGUAUUAAUAAUAUUAACCUACGCUAGCUAAUGGUGAAAGAAAUCAGUAUUUUAUUUUAUACAAAAACACUUAGAAUAGUUAUACGGUAUUUUGUCCCUUUCUGUUGAAUUAGAAAUGACGCUUGUCAGUAUGAGUCAAAACUUAGACAGGGCUUUUUGUUACUUUAUCUCAUAAAUAUAAAAAUUGUAUCCGAUGAGAAGUAAAAAAUAUGUUUUUCAAUUUAACAAAAUAAUCAUUAUGGAUAAAAUGGCAUGUCCAUAUUAUAAUAUCUUGACGCAAGUAUAUAAAAUCAAUCUACCUACUCCGACCACAGGUAAUUACAAUACAAAAACUUUGUGUGAAAUCUCAGUAAAUGACCAUCAUUUUACUGUGAUUAUAUUUCAUCCCAUAUCAUUUCAUCUCAUCUCAUUUAAUUUCACCCCAGUUGAUUAAUGUCUCAAAUUAAUCAUCUUCAUUUCAUUUACUUCACUCCAUAUUAUAAUUUUUCAUAAAAAUAAGAAUAUAAAUUUAAAUAAGACAUGACUUAAAUGUCUUAGUUACCAGGUCAUAAAAUCACUUAAAAAAAUUUCUAUAUGAAUCUUUUCUCAAUUAUGACGUAAUAUCGGCUGACGUAUGCAGAUGGCGUGCGAGUAAACACGUUGAGGUACCGUUACCAAGUGAAUCCCUCGUUAUUUUAUAUAAGUAGCGUCACGUGUCGCGGCUUACACUUAAACUCGUAAAGUUAUCUUGCUGCGGUCCUCGGGCUGCGUGAUCAGGCGUCCGGCUGUAUCGCCGACAACGCGCGACUGUUCGACUGUAUUUUAAAUUAAAAAUAUCUUCAGGUCGUUUAGUUAGACCCUCCUCCUCCUCGCGUCGUUUCCUCACUGCUGAGGGUCGUGACCAUUACAUUUCGACAGGAUUUUACUCGUUGUAAUGUCCCGCUAGCGCCAGUUUUUUUUUUCUACCUAUCUGAGUGCUAUUUCAGCGUAACCUUAACUAGUAGGUGAGCUCACGGGGCUCAAACCUGAUGACGUUGCUAACACGAACCCUAGCAAGAGCAGUGCUUCGCAGAAUCUACCACCGGAUCGGAAACGCGACCCACUGAGAAAAUCCGGUGAGAAACUGAGUGGGCUGUGUCUGAGGGUUCGUUUACUCGUCAAGCCCUUCGUCUCGCUCUUCGUCGCGAGCGACGGGUUCGACGAGAACGAUGACCGGAGCGGCUCCGAUCAUUGGCCACAUGAAGGGCGUCGUGGAAUGGGAUCUCUAGUGUGGUGCGGAUUUGUUCAAACCACCUUGUCGGACUGCGCCCGCGCGAUCUGAUUCCGUCGAUCUUCCCUGUCACGAAUAGUCUCUCUAAGCUAUCCGCUUAGCUAAGACCUCUAAACUAAAAUUUAGGUCAAUUAUUUAAUGAAAUUCUACCCUAUAAAAUGGCCGCUUCAUAAAAUGACAGAAGCAAUUGCGAUUCCAUAUUGUUAUGUUCAGUUUUAGAUAUCUCUAACUAAUAUACGGGAUAUAUGAAUUAGAGGCUAUGUUUAAAUGCCUAUUUCUGCCGUGAAGCAGUAAUGCGUUUCGGUUUUAAAGGGCGGGGUAGCCGUUGUAAUUAUACUGUGAUUUUAGAACUUAUAUCUCAAGGUCACUUAAGACCAGGUGGGCUGUGUGCUCGUCCACACAUCUAAGCAAUAAAAAAUAAAUUAAAAAAGUGUGGUUACAAAGUUUAUGUAAGAAAUAACAAGUUCGAGUUUCUGAUAUAUAAUUAAUUAUAACUUAUGAGACGGUAUGGACAUGUAAUGAGACGAAAUGACAAUGAGGUUGGUAGUGUGGAGAGUGCUAACUAUGAAUGUGGAAGGAUAUAGAGGAAGAGGUAGACCUAAGAAGAAAUGGAUGGAUCGUGUAAAAUACGUUAUGGGUAAGAGGGGAGUGAGCGACGAAAUGGUAUAUGAUGGAGGAGUAUGGGAGGAGAAAACAUGUUGAUCCCAGGUGACUGGGAGAAGGGCAGGAGAAUUUAUAAGCUACAUGUCAAAAAAAAUGUGUGGUUUUAUGAAAUCACGGUAAAAGUGAAACUUUUUUUCACAUUAUAGACAUUUAACUCUGACAAACAACAUUUACAUUAAACACUGACAAAAACAACCAAAAUAGCGUGGAGCACUGGCACAAAUGGGUGAUAGUCUAUACACUACACGGUCAGCUGCUGCGAACUAUAGGCGCCGCCAUAUUGGCCUUGGCUGCUCUGACGAGCGCCUUUCACUUUAUCCCUACUCCUCGGUCGACCGUCACGCGACAUGCAACACACAGACGAAAAAGUUUGAGACGAUGUAAUAAAAGUUACACUAUAAUAAACAUUAUAUUGUUUGCAAUUAUUUUACAUAAAGUACAUAAUAUUGUAAUAGGUUAUUAAUUGGAACGAAGUUCCUUAUCGCGCGUUGUGAAAGGGGGCUAGACGGAAAAAAUUCUUACGAAAAGCUGUCACGACACUUUUUAGAUCCGUCAUUCUGACCAAUCAACAUGUAGGCGCUUAUCGCGUGACAUUGCUCGUAUCCGAUUGGUCCGCGUAAUGAAUACAGUUUCUCGAGAUAGCGUUUCAACAAUAGUAAUUUAGUUCAUAGUAUUGUUUUUUUCUUCUUCAUAAUGCCGUAAAUUACAAUUCCUUCACUAAUUAAUCGAAAGGAACUUCGUUCCAUCCGGGUGUCCCUUGACACCUCUGAAGUUUUUUAUAAUUUAGAUAUUAUUUACAUUAACCCUUUGACUGGCAUGUAGGUCACCGGUGCCCUACGCGGCGCACUAAGUAACUAUGUCGUCUUCUGUUCAGCGAUUGUUCAACAUCAUUAGUUACGAUAUAAAAAAAGGUUAAUAAAUUAAAUAAAUUUGAUUGCAACCUCAACGAGAAUUUUCGCUCUCGACGCUUUGCAACGACCCUGUUAUAGGAGGCCUGUUAGAGUCGUCGUGGCCUAGCGGAUAAGACGUCCGGUGCAUUCGUUUUGAAGCGAUGCACCGGUGUUCGAAUCUCAGGCGGGUACCAAUUUUUCUAAUGAAAUACGUACUCAUAAAUAAAUGUUCACGGUUGACUUCCACAGUGAAGGAAUAACAUCGUGUAAAAAAAAUCAAACUCGCAAAAUUAUAAUUUGCGUAAUUACUGGUGGCAGGACCUCUUGUGAGUCCGCGCGGGUAGGUACCACCACCCUGCCUAUUUCUGCCGUGAAGUAGUAAUGCGUUUCGGUUCUAAGGGUGGGGUAGCCGUUUUAACUAUACUGAGACCUUAGAACUUAUAUCUCAAGGUGGGUGGCGCAUUUACGUUGUAGAUGUCUAUGGGCUCCAGUAACUACUUAACACCAGGUGGGCUCUGAGCUCGUCCACCCAUCUAAGCAAUAAAAAAUAAAACUAAAGCAAUAAUUUUCCAAUUUAUUAAAUUAAAUCGUCAAAUCGUGUGGCGUCUGACUAAUGUAUGAGAAGUCGGAACACUCGUCGCCUCGGUAUUAACCUAACGAACACAAACCGAAGAUUUCGUAUUUUGAUUGUGACAUAAUAUUGAAAAUACUGAUUGGACAUCCUUGUGCUUAGUGCUAGUCUCUUAACGUUCUCGAUAGCGUUAAAGUUAACUCAAAAUUUGUAUGGAGUUGGAACGUUUGCGUACGUUUGCCGCUAGGGGCGCUGUUCCAACUGCAUACAAAUUCGAGUUAACUUUUACGAUAUCGAGAACUUUAAAAAACUCGCACUAAGCACACCUGUAAUAAUAUCUCAUGACAUCAUCGGCUAAGUUAUAUUGGAAUAAAAAAAAACAUUAUAUAACCUAUCUAAUACUGAGCAGCAAGCAAACUAAAUGUAGCUAGAUUUUUUAAAUGGUAUAAGAAUAAAAAAAGCAAUACUAAAUUUAAUUUUUAUAUAAAUGUGAAAGGGUUCGCAUGAGUAUUUUUAAAUUAAAAUGUCUACCGUCUCGAGCACCGUCGUCGAUCGAGAUCUGUGUCCAAACCUUGGACGUCUGUAUAUUGAUUUUUUUCCCCUGCGUAUUCACUGGUAGCUUAAGAGGCUAUUCCAGCGGACGGGUAGUCAACCUGAGAGAAUUAGCUAACACUAGCCCUAGCGAGAGCAGUGCUUCGCAGAAUUUACCACUGGAUCGAAAUAACUACCCACUAAGGAGGACCGGCGAGACACCCAGUGGGCUGUGUCUAUGGGUUAGUUCGCUCGUCGAACUCUUCGUCGUAAUCGACGAGUAUAUUGAUGAUUAUGGACAUCAGCAAUGCCAAUACUACUUGCGAAAAAGUUGAUUGCGCGGCUGCCUUUCAAGCGAUUAAUAAAAAAGUACUUUUGUAGAUUUAAGUAAAUUAAAUACCACUACUUUUUUUUGUUUUUGUUUAUUAUUAUAAUAUACUGUAUAGUAUUGCGCACUAAAAUAGUAUGUACAAAGACGAACUUAACUCUUUAUAUUUUCGAUUUCUUCCAGUUAACUACUAUUCGAAAAAUAUAGAUUAUAGGAAGGAAAGUGUGCAAUAUAAAACAUUCUAUGGAUUUAAUUUAAAAAAAAUCCUGAAUUAGUUAUUGUAACAUAGUGAUGUCAACGGUUUCGUUACUAAAAUUGUCACUUAAAAUCUAAUUAUCCAGGUGCCUCAAAACUAUACUAGACUAAAUUGGUUAUAAUCUAGAAUGUGCUGGGUGACCAGCAAAUGUUUAAUUUACUUAAGAUAAAUUUAGAAAUAAUUUUAGUUAUAUUUAUAAACUUUGUCAAUAGCAAUUGUAAUUUUUGAACAGAAUUAACGUAACCAAACUUGGUGACGAAUAAAAGACUUGAAAUAAUAA